AUGGUCAGCUCCGGCGACGUCCAGCGACUGUUCCUCCAGGCAGUCUUGUCUCGCGGCGUUCUCUCAGUCAAACUUGCACAAGCGAUAUGGGCCAAGUGCGUCGACGCAGUGAAAGCUGCCGACGACUCUUUGGCCAUUGCACAUUCUAACCAGCGCGCUGCAUGGGACGAAUUCGUGGCAAGGGUUAAUACAUCGAUAGACAAUCUGGAUCUGGAGUUCAGGCAUCUGCACGAUGAACAUACUGGUCGAGAGAUGUAUGCUCUGGUCAAUAGAAAGGGUGACGAAAUCGCACAGAUGGCUUCACACUACAGCCCCGCGGAAAUUGCGUUCUUCAGAGCUCUUGUUGAACAAAUCAUGUUGGCGCCAAACGAAUCGUAUUGUGUGUCUUCGUUAGCCGCAUUACGUGAAGUACAUGUUCUCCAAACUAGUAUGAGCAAGUCCCAGGCCGAAGUCGUCUUGGGUAGCUUCGUCGCCAACGGGUGGUUGUAUAAGAGCAAACAAGGUCGCUAUAGUCUUUCGACGCGCUCUUUGUUGGAGCUGCUGCCUUAUCUCAAGACCACUUAUCCUGACGAAGUAAAUGAAUGCACAAUUUGCAUGGAGAUCAUCACGCGUGGUGCCGCGUGCCAUACUGCCAAUUGCAAGACCCGCAUGCACUUCCACUGCUUCACGACCUACCGUAAACGCCACAACGUUUGUGCUUCUUGCGGGAGGGAGUGGCCUCAGCAGGCUGCGGAGCUACUGCCAGUCGGUGAAGGGGCUGCGAAGAGCAUAGACGACGCUCGGCGUCGCACACGCCAAAAGGAGGCCGACAGCGACGACGAAGAGGAAGAAGAAUUCGAUGCAGAAUCACAACCUACACAGAGCCAGGCGACUCAAGCGACUCAGUCUCAACCCACUCGAAGUCAGCGAUCUCGAAACAAGGGCAAAAAGAAGCAAGUAGAGGAAGAUGUGAGUAUGGACGAGGAGGGGGAGCCUGAGGUGAAGGAGGAAGCCCCCAAACGCUCCCAAGCCAGACGACGGUCUAGGCGUUAG